GCUGGUAGCGGCGCCCCCGCCCGCGCUUCCUGCCCGCAGCGAAUGGAACCCGCGGCGCCCGCGACUAUACUGUAAAACGUUAGAUCAGUGAGAAUGCACCAUGGCAAUGGUCCUCAGAAUGCCCAGCGCCAGCUGCAGAGAUCCAGGUCCUUCACAGGCAGUGAGGGAGAAGAGCAACAGGCAAAUUUACCCCAGUCCCCCGCAGCCUCUUUCGCGCCUUCUGCGAGUCCCUCAGCGCCGCAGUCGCCCAGUUACCAAAUCCAGCAGUUCAUCAUGAGCCGGAGCCCGGUGGCCGGGCAGAACGUGAACAUCACCCUGCAGAACGUGGGCCCGGUGGCCUCGGGCAACCAGCAGAUCACGCUCACCCCGCUGCCGCUCCCAAACCCGACGUCCCCGAGCUUUCAGUUCAGCCCCCAGCAGAGGCGCUUUGAGCAUGGAUCCCCCUCGUACAUCCAGGUCACCUCUCCGCUGCCCCAGCAAGUGCAGUCCCAGAGCCCCACCCAGCCCAACCCAGUGCCGGUGCAGGCGCUGCCCAACGUCCGGGCGGGCACCCCCGGGCCUGGCCUGGGCAUGUGCAGCCAGAGCCCCACCAGAGGGUUUGUGGAUGCCAGCGUGCUCGUGAGACAGAUCAGCCUGAGUCCUUCCAACGGCGGACACUUCGUGUACCAAGAAGGACCGGGGAUUGCACAGAUUGCUCAAGGAGCUGCUGCACAAGUGCAGCUUCCGCCGUCUGGGCCGCCUGCCACGGUGAGGGAGCGCAGGCUUUCGCAGCCCCACUCGCAGUCUGGGGGCACCAUCCACCACCUCGGCCCUCAGAGCCCCGUGGCCAGCGGGGCAAAUAUGCAAUCUUUGACUAGCCCGGGCCACAUCACGACGACCAGCUUGCCACCCCAGAUCAGCAAUAUUAUCCAGGGGCAGCUUAUGCAGCAGCAGCAGCAAGUGCUUCAAGGGCAGCAGCUGAGUAGACCCAUUGGAUUUGACAGGACUUCUGGUGGAUUGAUAGCAGGGGUUGGAGGACCGAGUGCGUUUGGAAUGACAUCACCUCCUCCUCCCACAAGUCCUUCACGGGCCACUGUGCCACAGGGGCUGUCGAGUCUUCCUCUCACUCCUACAGCUAACACAGCAGUGAAAAAACAGCCCAAAAAGUUGGAGGAGAUUCCUCCUGCCAACCAAGAAACUGCUCAAAUGAGAAAACUAUGUUUGGAUCAUCACCACAAGCAGAUGGAAAUUCUUAAGGAAACUUUUAAGGAAUGUUUAAUUGAACUGUUUUUCCUGCAACAUCUUCAAGGGAAUAUGAUGGACUUUUUAGCUUUUAAGAAGAAACAUUGUGUUCCUCUGCAAGCAUACCUGAGGCAAAAUGACUUGGAUCUGGAGGAAGAAGAAGAGGAGGAACAAUCUGAGGUCAUCAAUGAUGAGCAAACGCAUACAGGGACUCCAGCGACGGGGACUGUGAGCACCAUAGAGAUUGAAGCUUUUAAGAGACAGCAGCAGGCCCUUGCACCAGCAGAUUCGUCUAAGAGACCACGAAUUGAAGUGGGCCGUCAUGGGAUGGUUUUUCAGCACCCGGGUGUGGCUUCAGGAGUUCCUCUUCAACAGCUAAUGCCAACUGCACAAGGUGGGAUGCCUCCCACUCCGCAGACGGUGCAGCUGACGGGGCAGAAGCAGAGCCAGCAGCAGUACGACCCCUCCAAGGGCCCUCCGGUGCAGAACGCGGCCAGCCUGCACACGCCGCCGCCGCAGCUGCCGGCGCGCCUGCAGCCCGCCAACGUCCCCAUGGCGUCGCUGCCCGCCACCCUGCAGCUCCCGCAGCAGCAGCCUCAGCUCGUGGAGCCUCCAGCCCAGCCGCAGAUCCAGGUGAAGAUCCAGCCCCAAAAUGUGCCCCUGACGGCCGCUCCGCUUCCAGCGCCGCUGCAGCAGCAGGUGCCGCCAGCGAUCCACGUGCAAGGACAGGCGCCCAGCCAAGCGUCGCAGCCGCAAGCUACCAUACAGCAGCAGACUGUGACUCUGACACGACCAUCUGUAGAUCCUGCUCAGAGUUCUCAGCGUCUUGCAGCAAAUCCACUGCCACCUACCUCAUCCAUCGCUCCAGCAGUGAUCCCAGGCACGACACCGCCUUCUCCAUACCCAGUGCAAACAAACAGGACCUCUCCAGCAACCAACAAGUCCCUGUCUCCUAUUGCUUCCAAGCCUCCUGGCUUAGCAGUAGCAGCAGCAGCACCUAAAACACAAAGCCCAGCUCAGAAUGCAGCAGUGUUGCCGCAGGAAAACUCUCAAGACAAGCUGGCUGAGCAAGUCAAGCUGGAAAAUCAAAUCCACCAGCGGAUAGCAGAACUGAGAAAGGAAGGUUUAUGGUCCCCCAGGCGACUGCCUAAACUCCAAGAGGCUCCAAGACCAAAAUCCCACUGGGAUUAUUUGCUGGAAGAAAUGCAGUGGAUGGCAACUGAUUUUGCCCAGGAGAGAAAGUGGAAGAUGGCAACUGCUAAGAAGAUGGUAAGAACUGUGGCUCGUUACCAUGAAGAAAAGAAACUCAAUGAAGAGCGAGCUAAAAGGGAGGAACAGAACAAACUGAGGAGGAUUGCAGCAUCCAUUGCUAGAGAAAUAGAGUAUUUCUGGUCUAACAUAGAGCAGGUGGUUGAAAUUAAACUACAAAUUGAAUUUCAAGAGAAAAGGAAAAAAGCUUUGAAUCUAAAGAGAUUUUCAAGGAAAGGUAAGGAUACAAAAGAAGACCUUUAUUUGGAAAAAGAAAGUGAAAUGGGGGGUUCAUCAUCUGGAAGGAAAAGAAAGGCAAGCACAUCUUUGACUGAUGAGGAAGUUGAAGAUGAAGAAGAAACAAUUGAAGAACAAGAAGCUAAAGAAGGAAACAUAAACCAUCAAACUGAAUUGUCUAAUCUAGCCAAAGAAGCUGAAUUGCCUCUGGAAGAUUUGGUAAAGAUGUAUGAAGGUGCCUUUGCAGAAAAUUUUCACUGGCCCCAGCCAAAGCCUGACAGUGAAGAGGAGAGCAGUGAGGAAGAAAUGGAAGACCACAUGUCUGAUAGGGAAAGUCCCCAGAAAGAAGUUGUCCUCAUAGACUCCCUUCUCAGCAUUGACCAGUACAAGGGCAUGGACAGGUCGAGUCCUCCCAAGAAGCACAUGCGAGACAUAGCAGAAGUGGCUGCUGCAGCAGAGAUGUUGUUACCUAAAGGCAGCUCCAGGAUAACAACAGCAGUAAAAUACAACACUCCAUCACUGUUGUAUGGGUCUCUCAGAGAAUAUCAGAAGAUUGGGCUGGAUUGGCUGGCAAAGCUGUACAGGAAGAAUCUCAAUGGCAUCCUGGCAGAUGAGGCAGGGCUUGGAAAAACAGUGCAAAUUAUUGCCUUUUUUGCCCAUUUGGCUUGUAAUGAAGGGAACUGGGGCCCUCACCUUGUUGUUGUCCGGAGCUGUAACAUAUUGAAGUGGGAGCUGGAAUUGAAACGCUGGUGCCCGGGGUUGAAAAUACUUCUCUACUUUGGGAGCCAAAGAGAACUUAGGGCAAAAAGACAGGAAUGGACAGAACCCAACAGCUUCAAUGUAUGCAUCACUUCCUACAAGCAGCUGUUCAAAGGCCACACAGCAUUCAUGAAAAUGCGAUGGAAAUACUUAAUAGUAGAUGAGAUGCAGCAAAUAAAGAAUAUGACUGAGAAACACUGGGAGGCACUUUUCAGUCUCCGCAGCCAGCAUCGUUUGCUUCUGAUAGACACUCCUUUGCAUAACACAUUGAUGGAGCUGUGGACCAUGGUACAUUUUUUGAUUCCGGGAAUUUCCAGACCUUACCUGGAUUUUCCAGUAAAAGCACCUAAUGAGGAGAACCAGGAUUAUUGCCAUAAACUGGUCAUCAGGUUGCACAGAAUGAUUCAGCCAUUUAUUUUGCGGAGAUCAAAGAGGGAUGUUGAAAAGCAGCUCACAAAGAAGUAUGAACACGUGCUCAAGUGCCGUCUGUCUAGUCGACAAAAAGCCAUGUAUGAGGAUGUCAUAUUGCAACCAGGAACCCAGGAAGCCCUCAAAAGUGGACACUUCAUCAGUGUCCUGCAUGUCCUGAUGCAGCUGCAGCGGAUCUGUAACCACCCUGAUCUGAUAAACCCCCGCCUUUCAAGCUCCUCUUUUGUAUCAGAAACACUGGAAUACAGAACAGCCUCUCUGGUGCUGCGAGCCCUGGAAAGGGAUAUUUGGAAGGAAUCGGACUUGUCUCUUUUUGAUCUCAUUGGAAUGGAAGACAAAAUGACUCAUUAUGAAGCACAAAUGUUGCCAAAACAAAAGGUUACUAGAAAGUUGAUUGAAGAAAUCUACAGCUCCCCUCCACCACCGGCGAGACCCAACCCAGUGAAGCUCAAACCAAGCAGGUUGUUCCAGCCCGUUCAGUAUGGUCAGAAGCCCGAGGGCAGGACUGUAGUUUUCCCGAGCACUCAAGUCCAGCGCACGGUGACCACGGCAACGGUGACUCAGCAGGGACAAGUUCGAGGCAGAUCCCCCAUAGCUACGGUGUCCUCAAAUCAAGCUGCAGCAGCACAGUUUCAGACAACUCAGGCUUCCACCAGUGCUCCAAGACACCAGCCCGCAGCGACCUUCACCACAGCAACUAGCGCAGCCAACCCUGUGAAACCGCGGGGCCAGACCUCUGCGCCGGCCCCGCAGCCGGGCCAGCCCCAGCCACAGCCACAGCCACAGCCCCCCCCGCACACCAUCCAACAGAGUGUGCUGCCUCAGAGGCUCGUACUGACCUCUCAGGCCCAGGCACGGUUGCCUAGUGGUGAGGUAGUAAAAAUAGCCCAGCUGGCUUCUAUAGCAGGAGCACAAGGCAGGAUUGCUCAGCCAGAGACCCCAGUGACUCUGCAGUUCCAGGGGAACAAGUUCACCUUGUCACACAGUCAACUCCGCCAGCUCACUGCAGGGCAGCCCCUGCAGCUACAAGGAAGUGUCCUUCAGAUUGUGUCAGCCCCGGGGCAGCAGUACCUGAGGCCUCAGGGCCCCGUGGUCAUGCAGACGGUUUCCCAAGCAGGAACUGUGCAGAACGCCCUGAACGCUUUAGGAAACCAGCACCAGGCAGGUGGCCCAACGUCCACUGCAGUCACACAGCAAGUUUGUAUUCCAGGUAGAGCUACGGUUACUAACUUGCCAUCUGGUGACAUGGGAGCAGCAUUAAAACCAGCACCUUUGCAUGGACAGUCACAGGAGACGUUUGAGGAGAAGAACCGGCUCUUGAAGGAGCGCCUGGACAGGAUCUUCUCCGGCAACGAGCGCCGCUGCUCGCGGGCGCCGGUGUACGGCCGGGACGUGCUGAGUGUUUGCUCCCUGGCUGGGGACACAAAGGCCUCCCAGCUGCCUUCCAGUGAGGCCAACAGCUGGAGGUGGGCUGGCUUUGUCAACUGCUGCCUUUCCUCAAGUGCCUGCGGAGGCCCGAGUAACCCCUUGAGGGAAAUGAUCCUGGGGUUGGUUCAGCAACAGGAAUCUCUGAAAGAUCUUGUUAACAGGGCUCUCUUCGUGUUGCCAGCUGCAGUUGCUGCUCCCCCAUGUUUCUAUGUAGCAAAUCCUCCCCCUUCAUACAGUCACAGACUGAAACUCCUUAAGCACAGCCUGAGGCAGAAGGCAGCUCCACACUUGCAUCAGUUGCAACAACUGACAACUCCUCACUUGCUGCAGUUCCCUGACCUCCGGCUGGUGCAGUAUGACUCAGGAAAAUUAGAAGCUCUUGCUGUCUUGCUUCAGAAGUUGAAAUCUGAAGGGCGCCGUGUGCUGAUUUUGUCGCAGAUGAUUCUGAUGCUGGACAUACUGGAGUUGUUCCUGAAUUUCCAUUUCCUCACCUUUGUGAGGAUUGAUGAAUAUGCCAACCAGGAACAACGGCAGGAGCUGAUGAAAAUUUUCAACAGAGACAAGCGCAUUUUCUGUGCCAUCCUCUCCUCUCACAGCCGUUCCACAGGAGUCAAUCUUGUCGAGGCAGACACUGUUGUCUUCUAUGACAAUGAUCUGAACCCAGUGAUGGAUGCAAAAGCUCAGGAAUGGUGUGACAGAAUUGGGAGAUGUAAAGAUAUCCAUAUAUACAGGCUUGUCAGUGGUAAUUCUGUAGAAGAGAAACUUUUGAAAAAUGGCACAAAGGACUUGAUCAGAGAAGUAGCUGCUCAGGGAAAUGACUAUUCAAUGGCCUUUUUAACACAGCAAACAAUUCAGGAAUUGUUUGAGGUUCAUUCUCCUAUGGAGGAUUCUGGAUUUAGAGUGAAAGCAGAAGAAUUUGUAGUACUUUCUCAAGAGCCGUCUCCAGCAGAAAAUAUUUCACCUAAAGUUGCAAGACCAUUCAUAGAGGCCCUCAACAGCAUUGAACGAGAGGAUGAGGAGUCAAAUGAUCACAUACAAGAAAUAGGAUCUGAGUCAAGCAUUGAACCUUUAAUCUCAGAGCUCUGCGAGACAAAAUACAAUGAAGAGCCCUCACAGCUGCAGGAGUUAGUUGCUGUUGUGGAUCAGCUGACUCCAAUUGAGAAGUAUGCUUUGAAUUAUCUGGAGCUCUUCCACGGUUCAGUUGAUGACAAUGAGCCGCGGUUGAGUGAGAUGGAACUGAAAACUGCAAAGAAAGCCUGGGAAGUCCAGCAUAUGAAGGAGUUAAAGGAAAGAGAGCAAAAAAUGCUUUGGGAGGAUGAAGAGGAACUUCUAACCUACACUCGGGAGGAUGCAUACAACAAAGAAUAUGUCUAUGAAGGUCCAGAUGGACAAACUGAAAUUAUGCCACUCUGGACUCCUCCUACUCCACCUCAGGAUGACAAUGAUAUCUACAUAGAUUCUGUUAUGUGCCUGAUGUAUGAUACCACCCCUAUUCCAGAGUCAAAAUUGCCUCCGGUGUACGUCAGGAAGGAGCGUAAACGACACAAAACAGAUCCCUCUGCAGGUAGAAAGAAGAAGCAGCGUCAUGGGGAGACAGUUAUCCCACCUCGUUCACUCUUCGAUCGAGCAACUCCAGGAAUGUUGAAAAUGCGUCGGGAGGGCAAAGAGCAAAAGAAGAACAUCUUGUUGAAACAACAGACACAGUUUGCAAAGCCUUUGCCAACUCUUGUCAAACCAGCUACUGAGGCUGGACAGGAUAAUCCAGAGUGGUUGAUCAGCGAAGACUGGGCACUUCUGCAGGCAGUGAAGCAGCUGCUGGAGCUUCCUUUAAACCUUGCUGUUGUGUCACCAGCACACACUCCCAACUGGGACCUGGUCAGUGAUGUUGUUAACUCCUGCAGCAGAGUCUAUCGCUCGCCCAAGCAGUGCCGCAACCGAUACGAGAAUGUCAUAAUCCCAAGGGAGGAAGGAAAGCUAAUGUACGAAGCUAAUCCUAAAAAGAAGACAAAAAGUAUUUAUAAGACUAAAAACAGUCGCCCACUUCGUACCAAUCAGAUCUAUGCUCAAGAUGAGGGUGCAACCCACACACAGCUUUAUACUAAUCAUUUUGAGAUGAUGAAAAUGAUUGCAGGGAAAAGAAGUCCACCUAUCAAACCUCUACUUGGCAUGAAUCCUUUCCAGAAGAAUCCAAAGCAUGCAUCGGUGCUUGCAGAAAGUGGAAUCAACUAUGAUAAGCCCCUUCCUCCGAUUCAAGUCGCGUCCCUCCGAGCAGAACGCAUUGCCAAAGAGAAAAAGGCGCUGGCGGAGCAGCAGAGGGCCCAGCAGCAGACGGGCCCCCAGCCCCAGCAGCCCCAGGCGGGCCAGCAGCCCCCCCAGCAGCCCCCCGUGCAGCAGGCCCAGGCCCAGCCACAGGCACAGGCACAAGCACAGGUAGUUCAGCAGCCACAGGCAGUGGUGCAGACUGCAGUCACUACUGUGGCCAACACAGCAGUAUUGGCAGGCACCAUCAAAACAGCAGUGACGGGGACAAGCAUCCAGACUGCUACAGUGAGUGGAAAUGUGAUCGUGAACACUGUUGCUGGGGUCCCUGCUGCUACCUUCCAGCCCAUCAAUAAGCGUCUGGCCUCACCUGUUAUACCUGGCACGCUGACUACCUCGGGCGGCACCGCCACUGCCCAGGUGGUUCACAGCCAGCCGCGAGCGGCCGCGGCGCCGGCAGCGUCCACCGAGCUGGUGACCAUCGCCUCCACCCAGGGCGUGCGCGCCGUGACGUCGGUGACAGCUUCGGCCGUGGUCACCACCAACCUCACGCCUGUGCAGACCCAGACAAGGUCUUUGGUGACCCAGGUCACACCAGCUACACCAACAGUCCAGCUGUCAGGCAAAACCAUCACCCCUGCUCACUUCCAGCUUCUGAGGCAACAGCAGCAGCAGGCUGCUCAGGUGCAGGUCCCACAGAUCCAGGCUCAGGCACAAGCCCAGUCUCCAGCUCAAAUAAAAACUGUAGGGAAAUUGUCACAGGAGCAGCUGAUCAAGUUGCAGAAGCAGAAGCUGCAGCUCCCCCAGCAGCAGGCAGCACAGCAGACACAGCAAGGGGCACAGCAGCAAACAGCACAAGUGCAAGUGCAGCAGCAGCAGCAAACUCAGCAGCUCACUGCUGUGACAGCCCCUCGUCCUGGCGCAGUCCUCACGGGCACUACGGUCACCAACCUGCAAGUGGCACGCCUGACUCGUGUUCCUGCUUCCCAGCUCCAAGCACAAGGACAGAUCCAGGCCCAGACUCCACAAGCAGCCCAGGUUGCUCUGGCAAAGCCUCCAGUGGUGUCUGUUCCAGCUGCUGUUGUGUCAUCUGCAGGAGUCACCACACUCCCUGUGACUGUGGCAGGCAUUAGUGUUGCCAUUGGGCAGCCACAGAAAGCAGCAGGAGGCCAGACAGUAGUUGCACAGCCACUGCAUGUCCAGCAGCUGCUAAAACUCAAGCACCACCAAGCAGCACAGCAGCAGAAAGCCAUCCAGCCCCAGGUUGCACAGGGACAAGCAACUGUGCAGCAAAAGAUAAAUGCUCAACAGGUUACGGUCCAGACCCAACAGCAGACUUCACAGCAGCAAAAAGUAACUUAUGCUACACAGCCUGCCAUUAAAACACAGUUCUUAACAACUCCAAUUUCCCAAACCCAGAAACCAGGUGGAACUCAGCAAGUGCAGGCCCAGAUUCAGGUACAGGUUGCAAAACUCCCACAAGUGGUCCAGCAACAGGCUACUGUUGCCAACAUUCAACAGAUGGUUUCAGUUUCCCAACAGGUACAAGCUCAGCCCCAAACUGUGACCCUUUCUCAGACGACAGCAGGUCAACAGCAGGUUCAGGUGAUCCCUGCAACCACUGCUACCGCUCAGGUCGUGCAGCAGAAGCUGAUCCAGCAGCAGGUCGUGACCACAGCAUCUCCCCAGGUUCAGGCUCCAGGUGUACAGAACCCAGCCCAGACACCAGCAACACCUGAAGCCCAGAGUCAGCAAGCAAAAGUACAAAUGAGGACACCGACUGUCAGAUUAAAGGCACCUACUAAACCAAGUUGAACUAUUGCAAUAACAGAGAAACACAGUGUUUUGUGUUUGCUGAGACAAGUGAGAAGCUACUCCAAACAUCCAAAUGAAGACAAAACACCUCUGGUCUCUGUUUUUUUUUUUUUUUUUUUUUUUUUUUUUUUUUUGUUUUGUUGGGUUGUUUUUUUUUUUUUUUUGUAGCAGAAGGUUUCUUGCUGGUGAACAUUUAAACAUGAAAACUCACAUGUAACUUCAGUGUAUUAGCAACUGUUUAGCACUCAAACUCUGUACAAGAUGCAUUCUGCCUGUGUUCUCUGUGCUCAUUCAAACCAGAUAAAGCAAGCAUUACUUAGGUUGAAAUUCUGCCCAGCUUCUCAAAAGUGAAAUGGUGAUCUGCCAUAAAUGUCAGUAAAAUCCAUCUGUGUUACAAUACCACACCUGCCUGUGGGCAUGUGCAGCUCCUUGCUGUAGUUCAGUGUGUGCUCAGUACCCACGAUGAAGCCCCACAAAGAACCAGGUGUAGUUGGUACAGCACAGUAUUUUCCAUCUGUACAAAAGCUCUGUGUUGUUCUUCCCUGUGGUAAACGCCCCUGGAAGAUCUAACACAGACUUGAAGUGCUCCCUGCAAAGUUUAGCCAAUAAAUGUGAAAACCUGUAAGUAUAUGUAAUUAAAAAGGAAAAAAAAAAGGUUUCAUAGGUUUCAUUCUCCAUUUUUGUAAGUCUUUUAAAAUGUUUGUUAGUAGUUUUUGUGUAUAGUUUAUUGAAUAACCCAACCUGUGUGCCAUUCUCAUAUUUCACUUUAAAAUAAUGGGUAUUUUAGGCAUGAGCUGAGUAAAUACUGUGUUGAUAGUAAAUGUGUAUUAAAGUGUAGCCCUUUUUUUUUUUUUUUUUUUUUUUUUUUUUGUAAAAGAAUUGUUCAGUAGAUACAGCUAAUCAGAUGAUCCAUAGCUAUUUCUCAUGGGACUUCUGUCACAAAAAAUCUCCAGCUGAUAAAAUCUAAUCUCUCAGUUUCAUUCUGCUCUUGCAACAUGUUUAAAUGUUCAGUACUUUUUACACGGCUUUCAGCUUGGGGGGUGGGGGGCUGGGGGAAGGGGAGAAUAGUGAAAUUAAAUCUAAGACUUAAUUCUUCAACUGUGUAAAGAGUAAGAUCUAACUUUUGUACUAUUCUUUUACUAAAGCUAACGAUGAAUGUAUCUUCAGGUGGGUAUUUUGGAUGUGAAUAGAGCGUGGCCUCUUCCUCCAAAUCAGUUUGCCUUAUUAUGGAGAAAAAAAAAAAAAGCAAAAA